AUGCCUCUUGCUCAAUCAAUACAAGCGCUACCAUCUGAUGUGAUUGCAAAGCUGAAGUCCUCCACAUCUGUCAUUGAUUUAGCCGGUGUGAUUGUGGAGUUGGUUAAAAAUGCUUUGGAUGGAAAUGCACAUACGGUUUUUGUCACUGUCGAUUUUCGACGGGGUGGUUGUAUAGUCGAGGAUGAUGGCGAUGGCAUUGCCCCGAAUGAGUUUGAGACAACGGGAGGACUUGGAAAGCCUCACCAUACAUCCAAAUUCGAGCACAAAGACUCGUAUGGCCAUCGUGGCUUGUUCUUGGCAUCUUUGGCCGCCUUGUCUCUACUUACUCUGACAUCCCAUCACGCUGCACAUGAGGCUACAAAUUCCAUGAUUUUUCAUCAUUCACAGCCAAUAGCACGACUGAUCCCUGCACCGCCACACCAUGCACUUCGAUCUGCCAGCCAUGGCACUGCAGUGACCGUGAAUGACCUUUUUGGAAAUAUGCCGGUUCGAGUCAAAAACCGCGCAAUCAGUCUUCGGAAGGCAGGUGAGAUAGACCGGGAGUGGGAUAAUUUGAGAAACAUUCUCGUGUCCCUCGUUUUAGCCAACUCCCAAGUCUCAAGGCUGGUACUCUUGGACACGGAGAAGAGUAAACGAAUAUCCAUUCGGCCUAGUACGUCUUCUCCGCCAGCAAACCCAACUAUUGGUGGCGAUGCCUUCGAUUUCAGGCGCAUUGGGUCAAUUCUCAACCAAUGCGGGCUCAUCGGUCCUCAUGCCUGGAAAUACUGGCACGAACUAUCGGCAUCAGUCCCUGAUCUCACAGUGCGGGCUGCAGUAUCACUACAAGCUAGUCCGAGUCGAAAGAUGCAAUUUAUUUCGUUGGGAAAAGAACCAUUGGUGUCGCGCAAUGGUUCGAACAUUGUAUACAAUGAGAUCAACCGUCUCUUUUCCUUGUCUGAUUUUGGGAGUUUUGACAUACUCCCCUCGGACGCCUCUUCUCGUCACAUAAACCACCCAGUUGAUACAAACAAAGCGCAAAGUAAUGAAAGUGUCCGAAGCUGGACAAAGCCCAUCAACAAAUGGCCAAUGUUCUACAUUCGCAUUGACACAAGCGAUGCUCUGCGGCUUAGUGGGAAUGAUGACAGUGGACAUUUGCCAGAAUCAGACAAGUCAAUUCAACGAAUCCUUGACGUGCUUGGGGUCAUGAUUCGUGAAUUUCUAAAGCAACAUGAUAUGCGUCCUCGCAGCGGCAAGCAGCAAACCCUAUCAUCAGAUCGAAGUCGGAGCAUACGUUCCAAGGGUUCAUGUUCAAUUCAAAGCCUUGGGGUCAAUCCAAAGCAGUGCCGUUCUGCUUCAAGUGCCGAUGAGGCUCUCAGUGGUCAUUUCAAAAUCCCAUCCUUUGCCAGGUUACAGGCUAUCGACCAUGGUCAGGAUUUCACAAAUUGGUCCAGGGUCAAGGCAGCCAAACCGCCAGAAGCACAGCCAGUCAUCCAUCGCCCUCGGCGGUCGGUCACUAGCCCUGGUAAUCAAAUCCAGGGUGAAGUCUCCCUGCCUACCCGUACUCAGAGCGGCCCCGGGGUCCUAAAUCACCACCCAGAACCCAGGUCCGCACCCGUACCAUCCAAUACAUCAAAUCUCGACGGCACUGAAACCAAAACUGCAAAUCUGUCUGGAGAUACAGGUUCUGCACUAUCACCUGGUGAAAUGAUUACCUGGAUAGACCCGCACACGAAAUUGGCCUAUCUCAUUAACCCCCGGACUGGCCAAACAAUGAACUCCAGGAAAUCACUGGCUACACGAAGCUCUCAUUUGAACACCCCAGAUGAUACUGCUCAGGAUUCGGCCCACGGCCUCUGGAUACAAAGCUUACUGGAAUCAUGGAGCAACCCUUCGUUCAGCCGAAUGGAAGCUCCGAUAUUGAAUCUAGGCACCGAGACUGUACCUCAACAUGAUUUGGCGCCUUCCCAUGACUGCUUCAAGGGAAUUGGAUCUUUAGACGCGGCACAGGUCGCUAAAUACCGGGGUAAGCUUCAACGUCGUGGACUUGAGGCUGCUGAAGUCAUUGCUCAAGUCGACAAGAAGUUUAUACUAGCCAAGGUUCCCACAACUGCCAUGAAGGUUUGCGAAAAUGGAACUUCUGAAAGCCUCUUGCUUUUUAUUGAUCAGCAUGCCGCUGAUGAGCGAUGUAGAAUCGAGCAACUCUUCGAAGAGAUGUUCCUGCCACCUGAUGAGACGAUUACCCCGGAAGGCAGAGUCCGAACUGUACAAGUCUUUCUCGAGUUCCAAGUUUCUGGGACAGAGGGCCGUCUCUUCAACAGAUAUACAGCCAAAUUCGCAUCCUGGGGAGUUCACUACGAUACGGAGGCCAAGAAUUCGUACACUUUGGUCACCUUCCACACGCUACCCGUGCUCAUAGCUGAGCGAUGUCGGACUGAACCACAAGUGUUGGUUGAUUUGAUGAGGCGAGAGAUAUGGUCGAGCGAAGAAGUUGGAGGGUCCUCAUUCCAGGCAAAGCCAAGUCUUGGGUCUGAGAGCGAAGAUCGAACAUUUGAAUCCCUUGACAUUGAUUCAGCAGACAGACAGCCCACAAACACAUCUGCCUCGCACUCCUGGGUUCAAAAAAUGAACGGAUGUCCCCAGGGCAUUGUUGACCUUCUUAAUUCUCGUGCAUGUCGCACUGCCAUCAUGUUUAAUGAUUCAUUGGACAUUGGGGAAUGCCGGGCUCUGCUUUCUCGUCUCGCCCGUUGUGCAUUUCCGUUCCAGUGUGCCCACGGACGUCCCUCCAUGGUUCCUAUCCUCGACUUGCGGUCUGUUCCUGACACCCAUGUUUCAUUACCAUUGGAUCUGGAAGGCUUGGAAUCUGCGGACGAUCACGAAUUGGAUUACAUGGAGGCGUUUCGCGCCAGCUAUAUCGCAUAA